AGUCAUGUCUCACUAUUUAAGUGGCAUUGAAGUGAAGAAAGUGUACUUGCGAUUAUUUUGUAAAAAUUUAAUAAAAUGUAUCUUGUUGAUAACAUGAAUUCAGUUUCCGAUCAAUCCGCUUUUGGAUUUAUCCAAAUAUCGAUUUAAAAAGGUUUUGUAGUUUCAGUAAAACAUUUGCAACGAUACCAUGCCUUCAUAUCCUUACGAAUCCUAUCUACAGGAAAUUGCCAAUCUCAUAACAAUAAGAGACGAGGAUAGGCCUAUAUGCACAAAGGACUACGAUCGAAUACGGGACCAUGUAUUGAAUGGCAUGUGCUUCGUGGAUAACGUCUUCAAUAAGCUUUAUAAAGGCACUAGCCUAUUCGGAAGUUAUGCCAACAACGUGCGCAUAAAAUAUCCAGGUGAAUUCGAUGUAAUUUUCAUAUUGAGUAUCCCGUACUCCUCGCACAUUACUGUUACUAGGGACGUUAGUCGCCCUGGAUACGUUAGAUUGGAUUUAAGAAACACGCUGGAUGAAAUGUCCGAAAAUUACGGCUAUUCCGACGUUUACGAUCAUUUUUAUGAACUGGUCGAUAACUAUUACUACUUACGACGUUCUAAGUUGCAAACUUGGCUUGAAGAAGUUGUUGAAGAUUGUUUAGAUGAACGCGGGAAUCAAGUUCGUGGCUGCAUGGGUGAUUUAUACACCCUUACAUACUCGAAGCGCGGAUUAGCACAUACUAUAUUUGCGAAGUGCUCUAUACGUUCAUUGUCGAUAGAUUUCAUUCCUGGUAUUUGCUUUGGAUCAGAGGAGUGGAUGAAAAUAGUCCCUUAUCCUAAAUUUAAAUUUUGGGACAACAGCUACCAAUGGUACGCCGUUCCAAAGCCUCCGAGUGAUAGGCGGCGUUCCCGGUGUUUGUCUUUUAUGAUUGCCAACCCUAGAGUUGAAAGAAAACUUUUGCUGGACAGGCAAAAUUUGAAGGUCGUAUUCCGAUUGUUAAAAUCGCUACGUAAUGCUUAUAAAUUGGAUCGCCUUAAAAGUUAUUUUAUAACCACAGCCUUUUUAUGGGAAAUUGAGAGACAAAGUGAUGCAUUUUGGCAAAGUCCACUUUACGUUCUGUUGGAGCAUAUGUUAUAUGUUUUGGCUAAGGCUUUCUAUGACGGCCAUUUAUUGUUCUAUUGGGAUCGCGAAAAUAAUUUGUUGGACAUCUUGAGCGACGAGGAGAUAGGAUUCUAUGCACAGGAACUUCGACGUGCAUAUACAACAUUAAAACAGUACAAAACCGAACCCAACCUUACACUUAAACGGUGUCGAACUCAUUUCGAGCUUCCUUAGAAUACAUGGAUUCAGUGCGACUAUUU